GAAAGUAUGAUUUUAAUAUUGCAGAGCACACCACAUUAAAUGUUAAAAUAAAAUAAUGUUCGUCGUUUUGGAAUGGAUAAGUUUUCUCUGCUUGGUAUUGCGUGUGGCAGGCGUGCAAGGCGAUAUUGCGCACGAAAAAGGGGCGAAUCCACGGCAUUCAGACAAUAUUCGUCCAAACCCUCGCUAUGCUGAUCUGGCUGUGGACGUCGAUCCUAAAACUUGCAGCUCUACAGACUUUGCAAAUAGUUCCAGAACAGAACAACCCUGGUGGCGUAUUUGGUUCCCGAACACUAUCAGUUUCUCUAACAUCGAAUUGACCAUCAAGAAAACUACGCUACAUGUAUUGAAAGCGUCUUCUAUUGUCACUAGAAGUAUUGUCAAGAAACCGUCCAUCAAGCUUGUGUCAACAACACAUUUGGUCCUAACUGUUCAAUCACAUGCAAUGAACAUUGUACCGGACUAUGUGACAGUUUAAAUGGGAUCUGUAACGAUUGUGAUGUCGGAUAUAUUGGGCAGUUCUGCAAUGAAUCCUGCUUAAACUUAACAUAUGGUCAAAAUUGUUCCGGAAGAUGCAGCGAAUUCUGUUCCGGUCCUUGUAACAAGAUUAACGGGAGCUGCUUUAAAUGUGUUGCUGGACGUAAGGGACCAUAUUGUGACGAAU